AUGAGCGAUCAGAAUGCAAUCAAGGAAUUCCCGAUAAUGGCGGUCAACGAUUCUACGGAUGGCGAAGUGAAGAGUGUGACCAACACACUCGAUAAGUUGCACAUGCAACGCCCAAAGAAGAAGUUCUCCAUGACUGACUUCAAUGAUUCGCAGCGACUCCUGGCCAAGAAGGUCCUCACGCACUGGAAGAGCACCAUAGAAGCACACGACAAAAUGCGACAAGAGAACCCGACAUUCACAGGCAAGCACUUCCGGAAGGUUCCAAAAACAGGUGUCAUUUAUGCCACAUCGCGUGCUGUGGAGAUGGGGUACCAUCCUGAUGCACCAGACUGGGCUAAUAUGGGCCAAGGCGCACCCGAAUGUGGCACUCUACCCAACCAGCCAGAGCGACUGACAUCAGUGGAGUUCGACAUCGAGCACCAGGAAUACGCACCUGUGCAAGGACUCCCUGAACUGUGCGAAGCUGUAGCCGAACACUACAACCAGCUGUACCGCAUGGAUAGCACUAGCAAGUACACAAAAGACAAUGUGUGUAUCAUUCCUGGGGGUAGAGCAGGCAUUACACGCGUCAUGGCCUGUCUGAAUUCACUGAAUGUGGGUUAUGGAGUGCCUGACUACACGGCCUACGAAGAGCUGCUGGGUCUGUUCAAACGAAUCAAUCCUAUUCCAAUUGCAAAGGAUAAGGGCGCCACACACGUCACCCCUGCACAGCUAGAACAACAAAUCCUUCAAUUGGGCCUGGGAGGUGUGAUGGUGUCUAACCCAUGCAACCCCACAGGUCAUCUGCUUGAAGGUAAGCGGUUGUUGCAGUCCACGCUACGACAUGACUGCAAGGGUAGGGUCUCAGGUUUAGGGUUAAGGGUUUAUAUAACACAGCAUGGCUACGGUGCAAGCCAAGAGACAGCACUCACUACACGGCACUAG